ACCCGCCAGCAGAAUCCGCGGCGUCCGCCGAAAAUCUAAAUCCGUCCGAGCCGAGAAGAAGAGGCACCCGAACGUCGGCCACCGGGUCUCGCCGCCCGAGAGACCGCGUACGCGAUAGUCAAUAAUUGCCUUUAGGGUCUAUCGGAUCGGUCGGUGAUCGCCGCGGACGCACCGAAACCGAGACCGAGACCGAGCGCGAGCGUGAUCGUGAUCGUGAUCGCGAUCCGCGUGCAACCACCUUUUCCGACACCUUGGUGAAUCCGACAACCUGAUCUCCGGCUGCCCAGGGUGCCAGAAGGAUGAUACGCGUCGACGAGACUGAUCCGGUUGGCGAGAUCGAGCCGAGCUUCCCUUAUCGAGACGUGACUAUUCGGCGAGGCAUCGAUUUCAAGGAUCUCUAUAACAUCCAGUCCGAGAUUGGGAGAGGCAAAUUUGGCACCGUUUAUCGAUGCAAGGAGAAAGCAGGCGGGCUGAUGCUCGCCGUGAAGGUGGUGAACACCGCGAAGAAAGAGGACAGGCGGUCAGUCGAGCGGGAAGUUGAGAUUAUGAGGCGGCUGCAACACCCUAGACUCAUCCAGCUGUACGACGCCAUCGACACCGGGAAACAGAUAUACGUUAUUUUGGAACUGAUCGCAGGCGGCGAGCUCUUCGAGAGGGUGAUCGACGAGGAUUUCGUGCUGACCGAGCGCAGUUGCGCUGUUUUCAUGCGACAGAUAUGCGAGGGCAUCGAGUUCAUUCACCAUCAGAACAUCCUGCAUCUCGAUCUAAAGCCGGAGAAUAUACUGUGUCUGACCAAGGAAGGGAACAGGAUUAAAAUCAUAGACUUCGGCCUCGCGAGGGAGUACGAUCCGAAGAAGAAGCUGCAGGUUCUAUUUGGCACGCCCGAGUUCGUUGCACCGGAAGUCGUAAAUUUCGAUCAGAUUGGUUACGGUACCGACAUGUGGAGUAUAGGCGUCAUCUGUUACGUGCUAUUGUCCGGGCUGUCUCCGUUCAUGGGCGACACGGACAUCGAGACGAUGGCGAACGUGACCAUCGCUAAAUACGACUUCGACCACGACGCGUUCGCCAACAUAUCCGAGGACGCGAAGGACUUCAUCCGGUGCCUCCUGGUCAAAGACAAAGAAAAACGAAUGUCGGCGAAGCAGUGCAAGGAGCACCGUUGGCUGUCGAGAAAGCCGAGCAAUCAACGGGCGGAUCGAACGGAGCUGAAUCCGGAACCGGCGAAGCAGAUGCCGCAGAUCACGAGGGUGCUGGCCAACAACAACCUGGAGGAGCUGGACGUGACCAAGGACAACCUGAGGCUGUUCGUCGAGCGCUGGCGAGAGCACCCCGACAGCCCCUAUAUGAUCGAGCUGCCUCAGUUAGGCGCCUCCGCGAACCACGACCUCGAGGAACUGGUGUCGUUGCAGGGUCAGAGCCCGUCGCCCUGCGCCAGCAUCUGCAGCACAUCUUCGGAAGCAGCGGAGAUCUCGCAGGAUACGCAGGGCUAUUUGACGGUGCCCAGCUUCAGCUUCGAGAGGAGAGCCUCGGAGGGGGUCUCCACUGACAAGUCCCGCAGCGACCCGGCCAGUCAGAUCGUCCUCGCGGAAGAGAUCAUCAAGCUAUCCGAACACUUGAGAUCCAUAGCAAUGGGCACCCGGCUGAAGAGCAACGAGGACCAAGUGGACGGCAAGAAGCCCGCCGAGAAGCAAGAGGAGAAGGCCAGGAGCAACCGCAACGGCGUCCACUCGAGGAACAACGGCCUGGUCCAGGCCGGUUCCGAGUGCAACGAGAUCACCCAGAAACUGUCCAGCAUAGUGAGACACCGGAAGCUGAACGGGACCACGUUCCACAGCAGCCGCAACUUCGACAGGCUGACCGAGACGAACUCUGCGAACAUGUUCGCGUCGUUCAAGAAGAAGAGCGGAGAAGGGAGGAGCUCGAAGGAGGAGAGGAUCGGCGGCCGGGAAGAGGGAGCGAAGUGUCUGGACUCGGAGAGAGCGAGCAACUUCGCCAGGAACAGGAUACUCAGCGAUGGUGAGAUCGAUUUAACGCCACCGUGGCGGCGUCCCAGAGUGAAGCACGUCUUCGGGGAGACCAGCAGGGACGUGCCAAGGAUCUCCGAGCUCCAGGACGUUCAUAAGAGUUUGAAUUUAGACGAGCCGACCAGCACCAAGGAUUUGCUGCUGCACCUGCUGGAGGAGUGGGACGAGGUGGCUACCAGGCCUUCGGGAGUCGGCCGGAAGUCGGUCAGCGCUGACUGGUGCGGGGAGGAAUCGGUCGCCAGGAAGACCAUGAACUCCCUGGCCGAGUACUUUCAGUCGAAGCAACAGAAGUCGAGCACGUCCAGCGUCAACGCCACCGCGCCGAGCUCGAUACAUCGCUGAGGAUCAUUUCCGGCGCUCGAGGACUUGACGAAUCUCGCACAAUCGAACGAUUUCCUCGAUCGGAAGUUCCGGGGAAGUAUGGGAACGCUCGUGUCGUUGUUUGAUACAAGUGGGUUCUUUGCUCGGUGCUGAAAGGUUAUGGAAGUUCCGAUGUGGUUUGAGCUGAUUGUAGGAGUCGGUUUUUUUGGAACGGUCGAUUUUCAUUCGAUUACUUUCGAACGAAUGCUCUUGUUCAGUCUAAAUUUUCUACGGGGAAUGAGCUUUUUAGUAUGGUGGAUUGCAUAUCGUGUUGGUACAUGUCUCCUUUGUAGAUGGUAUCGGAGUACGGUAUCGGAGUGAGAUAUCGAGAAUUACGUUUGUUUAUUGUGUAUUAUAAAUGUGCAUGCGUGGACGUACGUAUUAUUUAUAUUCUAAGCUAAAUUGUGUAACAGUCACGUGUGUGCGCAACGAUCUCUCGCACGGAUUGCAUCGGGAUCACAUGUCUGUGCAUGUACUCUCUUGUUUUAUUGUAUUAUUUAUAUUAUAUGUUUAAUACAAAAUACCAUGAAACGCGUG